AUGGCGACAAUGAAAGCACUUCAAAUCACCGGCACCAAGUCACUAUCAAUAAACACACUGCCAAUUCCAAUUCUCAAACCAGGCCAAGCACUAGUCAAAGUCUACCAUUCAUGCAUUCAUCCAUCAGACCGUCUGAACGCACAAGGCCUCUUCCCAUCUACCACGCUCCCCCGCGUUCCAGGGCGCGACUACUCUGGCGUCGUGGCCGAAACCAACCCGACCUCAAACUGGAUCGGGAAAGAGGUCUACGGCACUAGUGGCUCGAGUCUGGGAUUUACGAGUGAUGGCCCACAUGCGCAGUAUAUUUGCGUGCCUCAGGAUGCAUUGGUCGAGAAACCAUCCACGCUAUCGAUGCUACAAGCCGCGACUGUUGGCGUCCCAUUUACGACCGGAUUGAUCUGCCUGCGCAGGGCAUCUGUCUCUUCUACUGACAGUGUUUUGGUUAUUGGCUCUACUGGUGCUGUUGGUACCGCGGCCGUGCAGAUGGCACGGGCUAUGGGAUGUAAGCGCAUAUUAACUGCUGCGCGGCGGGAGGAGGCAAAGCCGGAUAUUGUCAUUUCAGGGGCGAGUGCUGCUGAGACAUUGGCUUUGAGGAUUGGAGAGAUGACUGGUGGGCGUGGUGUUGAUGUUGUCGUUGACACUGUUGGAGAUCUUGCACUAAUGGGUGCCGCGGUUGAGAAGCUGGCGCAGAAGGGCCGUUAUGUGUGGAUUGCGGCGCCGAGGGGGGAAGCAAGUAAGAAUUUUUCGUUUGAUAUCUUUCAGGCUUAUCGCAAGGAGCUCAUAUUGGCUGGAUGCAACUCUGUCAGCCCGACUGUUGAGGAUGCAGCAGAGCUUUUGCGUUUCCUUGGAGAUUGGGUUGAAAAUGGGUCGAUAUGUGCUCAGGACGAGACUUCAUUCAGGAAAGUGAACUUGGAGGAUUGUAUUAAAGAUGGGUACGGAAAAGCAGGGGAAAGAGUUGUGAUAAAGAUGGUUUGA